UCUUGAACAGCAGCUAUGCAGCUGGCAGUACUCUGGGCUGUGUGUUGCUGCCCUGGCGCCUGCACUACACUGCCACAGGAGGCAGUGGGCAUGAGUGAGCAGCAGUGGAAAAGGCUCAGGUAUGACUAUCUGAAGAGAUUUUAUGCAUUUGACUCAAAAACACGGGAUGCCAAGAGUUUAGAAGGCAAACUCAAGGAGAUGCAAAAGUUCUUUGGCUUGCCUAUCACUGGAAUACUAAACUUUCAGAUCAUAAAAAUAAUGCAGAAGCCCAGAUGUGGAGUGCCAGAUGUUGCAAAAUACUCACUCUUCCCAGAUGGUCCAAAAUGGACUUCCAAAGAAGUCACCUACAGGAUCAUAUCAUACACUCGAGACUUACCACGUAUCAGAGUGGAUCAAUUAGUGACCAAGGCUUUAAACACGUGGAGCAAAGAGAUUCCACUGCGCUUCAAGAGGGUUCGGUGGGGAGUUGCUGAUAUCAUGAUCGGCUUUGCCAGAGGAGCUCAUGGGGACUACUACCCAUUUGAUGGACCAGGAAACACACUGGCUCAUGCCUUUGCCCCUGGGCCAGGCCUAGGAGGAGAUGCUCACUUUGAUGAGGAUGAACGCUGGUCUGACGGUAGCAGUUUAGGAGUUAACUUCCUGUAUGUUGCAACUCAUGAACUUGGCCAUUCUUUGGGGCUGGAACAUUCAUCUGAUCCUAAUUCUGUGAUGUAUCCAACAUACGGAUAUGAUGACUCCCAGGAUUUCAAACUUUCACAGGAUGACAUCAAAGCCAUUCAGAAAAUAUAUGGUUUUUCAGGCUUCGUACCUGCUUUUAUCUCUUGGGUGGAAAAAGAGGUGGAGGCGUGGAACCCAGAGGCCCAGGAGAGCCCAGCAACUGUCAGCAGAGGAUCUAGAGAUGGGAAUGAGGAGAAAGAAGGGCUGAAGAAGAGUCUGAAGGAAAAGAGAUGGAGCGUGAGAGAGGGUCUCUCCAGGAGCGUUUGAUAUGCACCACACCACCAGGCCCCAACAACCAAGCCGCCUGCCCUGGGCUCUGCCAGACUCAAAGGCAGAGCCCUUUCCAGCCUUGGCUCCAGGACACUCCAACCCACAGAGCGCUCUAACCUUGCCUGGACUCUGUCUUCAACUUCAGCUACCCUUCCCUCCUGGCCAACAACCAGCGGGUCCACUCCCGGAAGUGGCCCUUUCCCUGUGACCAGUGCCAGGCUCACGUCUCUCAGUGCAACUACCUGCUCCAGCAUUAGUUCAUCCCGACAGGUGAGAAGCCCUUCCGCCAGAGAGCUUCCCUAGCCAUUCACAGGCAGGUUCACACAGGGGAGAAGCCCUACACAUGCCCAGACUGCAAGAAUCACUGCACUUACCCUACCUACUGGCCAUCUACCAGCAAGAAGCCCUACAGCUGUCCAGACCGCAGCUUCCGUUUUGUCUGUACACCCUGCUGGCCAUCCAUAGGUGCACACAGAAGAGCAAGAAGUCCUACUCCUGUUCCGACCACGGCUUCUGCUUUAUCUACUCAUCUCUCCUCCUCAGUCACUGGCAUAUUCACUGCAAUUCAGCCCUUCCCAGUGGAUCCAUUGCUCUGGCAGUGAGAGGGUGAAUUCAGUGGCAGCAGCCUGCAGUAGGGCUUUCAGACCCAGUCCCUGUUUUGGGUGGCCAGGAUCCCCCAGUUCAUGUCUAGUACUUUCCAGAUAUAUUUCAAGAGUGUGGCUGACAGUGCUCACAUGAGAUGAUCAGAGUUUUCUCUGGAAAGGAAGAGGCAAUGCUUAGGCUUGUUUGGGGGAUGAGGAAAGGAAGUUUGUUUUAAGGAAAACAAAGUUGUGUUAGGAAACAAGCAGAGGUAACGGUGCAAACAGAAGGUCCGUGGCAAAGAGGCAGGAAUCUGAAAGGCUUCCUAAGGGCUAGACCCAUUUUCUGAAGCUCCUGCUCACAGAACUCCUUAUUCCAAGUCCCACUUGGGAUUGCUUCACCGCAGACCAUACACCUAACUGGUGCCCAAAGAGGGCUUUUCUUUCUGGAUUGAUCUUUCCCUUAGAAUGCUCUCCCUUCUAGUUUGUAUCUCUCCUGCUUCUCAAGGGUGGGGCCACCCAGACUGAAAAGCCUACUAACAGAGCCCACACCUGCUCUGGUUCUCCUGGAAUAGAAUCUGUCCCCAUUGGGGGAGGCUCCUCCCAGGAUCCUGGCAGUAAAACACCACCCAGCAAUAGGCAAGGAAACAUGCAUGGUGUUAAUCGCUGUUGGCUGCAGGACAGUGGUCUCAGGUGGGGAACUCACCGGGCCCCACCUUCAUUCUGUACCUAGAGGGCACAAGUAUCAAACCUAAGGAACUUUAGGGUUGGGCCAUCUCUUCACUGUAUGUAGUGAUGAUUGCAGUGGUUUUUUUUUCUUGAGAUAUAUGCAUGUUCCCUGACUUUUAUAUCAUUUGAGUAAAAUAAGUAUUCCAGGCCAUUGUAGCUGGAAAUAUAAUGCUGGAGACUUUCUUUUUUGUAAAAGGAGUAAAUUAUUUUUGAUUAGAGUUGAAAACAAGGCAGUCUCUAAUCAUUACCAUAACAUUUGUACAUAUCAACCAUUAAGAGAGGUCUUUCACUCAUUUAGAUCAUCACAAGAACUACUACUGCAAAUAGAAAGAAGAGAGCUUUAUUAACAGUAUAGCAAUUAGCAAAUUGGGCAACACCAAGCAAAAGCAGGUGUUCCACAGCAUUCAGGGGGCAUUGGGAAUUUAUAGUUAAAAAGGGAAAUUGUGGUUGUCAGACAAAUUCUGUUCUAGUGGCUUAUUGGAACAUCAAGGCAGCAGGAAACUUGUUCAGAGCUCACUGGUCAGAGCUUAGGUUUCUUUUUCUCAUCCGAUUUCUUGUAAGCUUUAAGUUUUGUUCUCCAAGCUGCACAUGCUUGAAGUCUGGUUGCGUCCACACAGGGCGUCCAUCUUGUGCACCUCCUUUGUUAGGAACCACUUUGUAACCCAGGGCCUGAAAGUCCAUUUAGAGUUCCUUUCACAAGAUCUGAUAGCCCUUCUUUUUUUUCAUUAAUGGUAGCCCUACUUUGGGGGGGGGGGGGGCUUAAUUUUU